AUGUUCGAGAACGCCAAAAAUUUAAAAAAAAAAAGAGCUCCGGGAAGUCCUGAUGGGACGAGUCACAGGCAUAUUGUGUAUUCUGAAGACGUGGAGGAGAGAACGGAGAAGAAUGAACGACUGAGCUAUAUUACCGUAUCCCAACACUCUCAAGAAGUGCUGACACAUUUUGAAAAGUUUCAAAGUCAACACAAACGUUACUAUCGGAAUCCAGAAGAGAGAAAGAAGAGAUUGGGUCACUUUGCUAGAAAUCAUAAGCGGAUAAAAGAGUUGAAUGACGAAGCGAAAUUGGCUGGGAGGAAUGUGACUUUCGGGUUGAAUAAGUUUGCAGACAAGACUGAAGAGGAAAGACGGAGACGGUAUUCGAAGGUUAGUAGUGGUGGUGGAUGGCUUAAAAAUAUAACUAUUUUCCGGAUACACCCACACAACCACACAGACAUUCCACUCUAUAAACCAAGACGUGCACGUCAUCAUAACAAGAAGAACUCAAAACGUCCGAAACGUCAGAACAUGGAAAUUCCAGAUUACUUUGAUUUACGAGAUGUGGUGGUUAAUGGAAGUCCAAUUGUGGGACCUGUUAAAGAUCAAGAACAAUGUGGUUGCUGUUGGGCAUUUGCCGCGACCGCAAUAACUGAGACCGCCAACGCCGUCGCUUCCAAAUCCUACCGUAGUCUCUCCGACCAGGAGAUUUGUGAUUGUGCAGAUUCUGGUGACACGCCUGGAUGUGUUGGAGGUGAUCCUCGCAACGGUUUAAAAUUUGUGCACCGCAACGGCCAGGCGAGCGAUUCCUCGUAUCCGUACGAGGAGUUCCGUGCGAAUACAACUGGAAACUGUGUGGCUGAUGAGAAGAGACAAGUGAUCGAAUCGGAGACUAUGAAGGUGUAUCAAUUCGAUCCUGAGUAUGCAGAGGAGGACAUUAUGGAGAACCUGUACUAUAAUCAUAUACCAUCAGCAGCUUAUUUUCGAGUUGGUGAGAAAUUCGAAUGGUACAAUUCUGGAGUGCUCCAAACCGAAGAUUGCUACCAAAUGACACCUGCUGAAUGGCAUUCAGUUGCUAUUGUUGGUUAUGGUACAUCCGAAAAUAAUGUUCCAUAUUGGAUAGUUCGAAACUCUUGGGCUGAUAAUUGGGGAGAGGAUGGAUAUGUAAGAAUCAAGAGAGGAAUUGAUUAUUGUCUCAUUGAAAGUCAUCCGGCAACUGCGAUGAUUGGAAGUAACUCCGAUGACGAAGAUAAUUGA